AGAGUCCUGAGUUAUGGUGUCACAAGCAGCUCUCAUUCCCAAAGCUGCUCUCACCUCAGAUGCAGGAGAAGAAGAGUCCUGAGUGAUGGUGCUGCGAGCUGCUCUCAUCGGUCGAUGGUGCAAAAAGCAGCUCUCAUCCCCCGAAGCUCCUCUCACCUCCUGCGCAGGAGAAGAAGAGUCCCGAGUGAUGGUGCCGCGAGCAGCUCUCAUCGGUCGAUGGUGCCGCAAGCAGCUCUCAUCCCCCGAAGCUCCUCUCACCUCCUGCGCAGGAGAAGAAGAGUCCCGAGUGAUGGUGCCGCGAGCAGCUCUCAUCGGUCGAUGGUGCAACAAGCAGCUCUCAUCCCCCGAAGCUCCUCUCACCUCCUGCGCAGGAGAAGAAGAGUCCCGAGUGAUGGUGCCGCGAGCAGCUCUCAUCGGUCGAUGGUGCAACAAGCAGCUCUCAUCCCCCGAAGCUCCUCUCACCUCCUGCGCAGGAGAAGAAGAGUCCCGAGUGAUGGUGCCGCGAGCAGCUCUCAUCGGUCGAUGGUGCUGUAAGCAGCUCUCAUCGGUCGAUGGUGCCGGAAGCAGCUCUCAUCCCCCAAAGCUCCUCUCACCUCUUGCGCAGGAGAAGAAGAGUCCUGAUUUAUGGUGUUGCGAGCAGCUCUCAUCCCCCACAGCUGCUCUCACCUCCUGCGCAGGAGAAGAAGAGUCCCGAGUGAUGGUGCCGCGAGCAGCUCUCAUCGGUCGAUGGUGCCGCAAGCAGCUCUCAUCGGUCGAUGGUGCCGCAAGCAGCUCUCAUCGGUCGAUGGUGCCGCAAGCAGCUCUCAUCGGUCGAUGGUGCCGCAAGCAGCUCUCAUCGAUCGAUGGUGCCGCAAGCAGCUCUCAUCCCCCAAAGCUCCUCUCACCUCUUGCGCAGGAGAAGAAGAGUCCUGAGUUAUGGUGCCGCGAGCAGCUCUCAUCGGUCGAUGGUGCCGCGAGCAGCUCUCAUCGGUCGAUGGUGCCGCAAGCAGCUCUCAUCGGUCGAUGGUGCCGCAAGCAGCUCUCAUCGGUCCAUGGUGCCGCAAGCAGCUCUCAUCCCCCAAAGCUCCUCUCACCUCUUGCGCAGGAGAAGAAGAGUCCUGAGUUAUGGUGCCGCGAGCUGCUCUCAUCGGUCGAUGGUGCCGCGAGCAGCUCUCAUCGGUCAAUGGUGCCGCAAGCAGCUCUCAUCCCCCAAAGCUCCUCUCACCUCUUGCGCAGGAGAAGAAGAGUCCUGAGUUAUGGUGCCGCGAGCUGCUCUCAUCGGUCGAUGGUGCAACAAGCAGCUCUCAUCCCCCGAAGCUCCUCUCACCUCCUGCGCAGGAGAAAAAAAGUCCCGAGUGAUGGUGCCGCGAGCAGCUCUCAUCGGUCGAUGGUGCCGCGAGCAGCUCUCAUACCCCGAAGAUCCUCUCACCUCAGACGCACGAGAAGAAGAAUCCUGAGUUAUGGUGUCACGAGCAGCUCUCAUCCCCAAAGCUGCUCUCACCUCAGAUGCAGGAGAUGAAGAGUCCCGAGUGAUGGUGCCGCGAGCUGCUCUCAUCGGUCGAUGGUGCAACAAGCAGCUCUCAUCCCCCAAAGCUCCUCUCACCUCUUGCGCAGGAGAAGAAGAGUCCUGAGUUAUGGUGUUGCGAGCAGCUCUCAUCCCCCACAGCUGCUCUCACCUCCUGCGCAGGAGAAGAAGAGUCCCGAGUGAUGGUGCCGCGAGCAGCUCUCAUCCCCCGAAGCUCAUCUCUCCUCCUGCGCAGGAGAAGAAGAGUCCCGAGUGAUGGUGCUGUGAGCAGCUCUCAUCGGUCGAUGGUGCCUCAAACAGCUCUCAUCCCCCGAAGCUCAUCUCACCUCCUGCGCAGGAGAAGAAGAGUCCCGAGUGAUGGUGCUGUGAGCAGCUCUCAUCGGUCGAUGGUGCCGCAAGCAGCUCUCAUCCCCCGAAGCUCCUCUCACCUCCUGCGCAGGAGAAGAAGAGUCCUGAGUUAUGGUGCCGCAAGCAGCUCUCAUCCCCCGAAGCUCCUCUCACCUCCUGCGCAGGAGAAGAAGAGUCCCGAGUGAUGGUGCCGCGAGCAGCUCUCAUCGGUCGAUGGUGCAACAAGCAGCUCUCAUCCCCGAAGCUCCUCUCACCUCCUGCGCAGGAGAAGAAGAGUCCCGAGUGAUGGUGCUGUGAGCAGCUCUCAUCGGUCGAUGGUGCCGCAAGCAGCUCUCAUCCCCCGAAGCUCCUCUCACCUCCUGCGCAGGAGAAGAAGAGUCCUGAGUUAUGGUGCCGCAAGCAGCUCUCAUCCCCCAAAGCUCCUCUCACCUCUUGCGCAGGAGAAGAAGAGUCCUGAGUUAUGGUGUUGCGAGCAGCUCUCAUCCCCCACAGCUGCUCUCACCUCCUGCGCAGGAGAAGAAGAGUCCCGAGUGAUGGUGCCGCGAGCAGCUCUCAUCCCCCGAAGCUCAUCUCUCCUCCUGCGCAGGAGAAGAAGAGUCCCGAGUGAUGGUGCUGUGAGCAGCUCUCAUCGGUCGAUGGUGCCUCAAACAGCUCUCAUCCCCCGAAGCUCAUCUCACCUCCUGCGCAGGAGAAGAAGAGUCCCGAGUGAUGGUGCUGUGAGCAGCUCUCAUCGGUCGAUGGUGCCGCAAGCAGCUCUCAUCCCCCGAAGCUCCUCUCACCUCCUGCGCAGGAGAAGAAGAGUCCUGAGUUAUGGUGCCGCAAGCAGCUCUCAUCCCCCAAAGCUCCUCUCACCUCCUGCGCAGGAGAAGAAGAGUCCCGAGUGAUGGUGCCGCGAGCUGCUCUCAUCGGUCGAUGGUGCCGCGAGCAGCUCUCAUCGGUCGAUGGUGCCGCGAGCAGCUCUCAUCCCCCGAAGAUCCUCUCACCUCAGACGCACGAGAAGAAGAGUCCUGAGUUAUGGUGUCACAAGCAGCUCUCAUUCCCAAAGCUGCUGUCACCUCAGAUGCAGGAGAAGAAGAGUCCUGAGUGAUGGUGCUGUGAGCAGCUCUCAUCGGUCGAUGGUGCCGCAAGCAGCUCUCAUCCCCCGAAGCUCCUCUCACCUCCUGCGCAGGAGAAGAAGAGUCCCGAGUGAUGGUGCCGCAAGCUGCUCUCAUCGGUCGAUGGUGCCGCAAGCAGCUCUCAUCCCCCAAAGCUCCUCUCACCUCUUGCGCAGGAGAAGAAGAGUCCCGAGUGAUGGUGCCGCGAGCAGCUCUCAUCGGUCGAUGGUGCCGCGAGCAGCUCUCAUCCCCCGAAGUUCCUCUCACCUCAGAUGCAGGAGAAGAAGAGUCCUGAGUGAUGGUGCCACGAGCAGCUCUCAUCGGUCGAUGGUGCAACAAGCAGCUCUCAUCCCCCGAAGCUCCUGUCACCUCUUGCGCAGGAGAAGAAGAGUCCCGAGUGAUGGUGCCACGAGCUCCUCUCAUCGGUCAAUGGUGCCGCAAGCAGCUCUCAUCCCCCGAAGCUCCUCUCACCUCCUGCGCAGGAGAAGAAGAGUCCCGAGUGAUGGUGCCGCGAGCUGCUCUCAUCGGUCGAUGGUGCCGCAAGCAGCUCUCAUCCCCCAAAACUCCUCUCACCUCUUGCGCAGGAGACGAAGAGUCCUGAGUGAUGGUGCCACGAGCAGCUCUCAUCGGUCGAUGGUGCAACAAGCAGCUCUCAUCCCCCGAAGCUCCUGUCACCUCCUGCGCAGGAGAAGAAGAGUCCCGAGUGAUGGUGCCGCGAGCUCCUCUCAUCGGUCAAUGGUGCCGCAAGCAGCUCUCAUCCCCCGAAGCUCCUCUCACCUCCUGCGCAGGAGAAGAAGAGUCCCGAGUGAUGGUGCCGCGAGCUGCUCUCAUCGGUCGAUGGUGCCGCAAGCAGCUCUCAUCCCCCGAAGCUCCUCUCACCUCCUGCGCAGGAGAAGAAGAGUCCCGAGUGAUGGUGCCGCGAGCUGCUCUCAUCGGUCGAUGGUGCCGCAAGCAGCUCUCAUCCCCCAAAACUCCUCUCACCUCUUGCGCAGGAGAAGAAGAGUCCCGAGUGAUGGUGCCACGAGCUCCUCUCAUCGGUCAAUGGUGCCGCAAGCAGCUCUCAUCCCCCGAAGCUCCUCUCACCUCCUGCGCAGGAGAAGAAGAGUCCCGAGUGAUGGUGCCGCGAGCUGCUCUCAUCGGUCGAUGGUGCCGCAAGCAGCUCUCAUCCCCCAAAGCUGCUCUCACCUCUGAUGCAGGAGAAGAAGAGUCCUGAGUGAUGGUGCCGCAUGCAGCUCUCAUCCCCCGAAGCUCCUCUGACCUCUUACGCAGGAGAAGAAGAGUCACGAGUGAUGGUGCCGCGAGCAGCUCUCAUCGGUCGAUGGUGCAACAAGCAGCUCUCAUCCCCCGAAACUCCUCUCACCUCCUGCGCAGGAGAAGAAGAGUCCCGAGUGAUGGCGCCGCGAGCAGCUCUCAUCGGUCGAUGGUGCAACAAGCAGCUUUCAUCCCCCGAAGAUCCUCUGACCUCAGACGCAGGAGAAGAACGGUCCCGAGUGAUGGUGCCACGAGCUGCUCUCAUCCCCUGAAGCGCCUCCCACCGCCUAUUUAAGAGAAGAAGAGUACCUAGUUAUGUUACCCUAAGCAGCGUUAAUUGUUCACUCAAUUCCAAUAUUGCCACAUUGUUUCUGCAACUCAAGGACAGAGAUGCUGCUGCACUACAGUGUAUCUGAGAAUCAUUUUGUUGUUCUAAUUUCAAUCUCCCUCUGAGCUGUGCUCAGUCCUUCCAUGUUUUUACCAAUGUGUUGUUGGGGAUCAUUUAAUGUGCCCUGACUGACUUCUAUUAGUGCCUGAAGGCGGUCGCCUGUGGAGGAGGGGCCAUAGGAUAAUUUUUUCCCUCUAUAUAAAAUAAAUCUUAUACAGGUCAAAAGAGGGUUUUUCGAUCCUAUACUAAUAGAACUCUUGAUAAUGGGAACGCAUUGACCUUUGGGUGAUUCACUGUUAUUUAAUCUCAUCAAUCGUCUUUUCAACCAAAGUGCUGGAAAAAUCUCACACUUAGCCACAUAUAGACAGAUUGAGUUGUUGUAAACAGUCGUGUAGGAUUCAAGAGUACUAUGUCAUAUAUCUGUGAACUCUAAACAGACUUCAAAUGACACACUUUUAUAAAACAUGUCCCGUUUUGUAUGAAAUGUUGGGGUUUUCUUUGAAUUUUCUGAUUGUGACUAUAAUGUUGAUGUGAAAAUAAACCUCCCACACUGACCUGA